AUGGGUUAGAAUUUCGGUUGCAAUUGCAUGGAUAGAAAGGAUGAUUCUAAAAAGAAAGGAAAUACACUACCCAGAUAGUAUAAUUUUUAGCGAGAAUUUUAAAUUGAUGGAAGUUUAGAAGCAGAUAAAGGUUUGAUUUGGCUUAUGAAUUAACAAAGGGGAUAAACUCAAUACUAGCAAGCUACUUAUGUUUUGAAGUAGCCUGUGAUUGAUUUAAAUUCUAGUUAUAUAACAGAAUCAAGUAAAUCAUUUAUGAUUAAUGGAGAAAGAGUAAAUGUACAUAAAGAUUCGCAUUGCUCAUUUGAUGAUACUUAAGUAUUGUCUUGCAAUAACCCAAAUAAAUUCCGAAUAAUUUAAGUGUCAAAUUCUGAAGUUUUAAACUACCUAAAAAAAUGCAAUAAAGAAGUAAUUUAUUUUUCAAAUGAACAAAUGCAAACAAAAAAGUAAAGAAAAAUAACUCGUCCUUUCUGCAUAGAUUUAUAGAAACACUAAUUUUUAGUUCUUAUUAUUUAGAAUUUAUUCUUGAUUAGUUAGAUAAAGAGUUAGUAUUUAAAGCGAGUUAACUUUCUUUGUCUUUAUGAGCAAUUUUACAACUUUUAGGUAAAUUAACAGAUAUUAAAUUUUUUAUUUUACUAUAAAAUAAAGCCAAAUCUUAUACCAACAUGUAUAUCACCUCAUCAAUAAGAUAAAGAUGAGUGCCUAAUUACUCUUUAAGCGAGUGACUGGGUAUUUCGCAAGCAAAUUCUGACUUCUCCUUAUUAAAAAUCGCUUGGAAAUUUCGAUUAUUUUUAAAAGACUUUUAAUAUUAACACUAACUCUCUUACUCAAGCUUAUCAAUAGAUAUACUCCUAUUUUAAAAAAGAAGUUUAAGAAAAUUGGAGUUAUAUGGGAUACAACAUAUCUGAAAAAAUUUUUGGAUCUAUCGAUAUCAAUAUAUAUUUCUAAGUUAGACCUAUUUUUAAUUCUUCUAAUUCUAAUUUAAGCACAAAUAGAAGCAAUUCAAGUAGUUAAUCUUCAUAAAAUCUAUUUGACUUCGAAACUAUUGUGUAGCUUGAGCAAAAAAACAUAGAAUACAUUAUUAACAGCAAUAUAAGAGAAGGAAAAGUAUUUAAAGGAUGUAUUAGUCUCUUAUACAACAAAGACUAAAGUGAUGAUUGGCAUAUUCUAAUAUUUGAAAAGUAAGACAAUACACCUAAUCAAGUGGUGAUUACGACAGUCGAUUAAAAAGUUUACACAUAAAAUAAUUAUGAGAUAAGCAUGAAAGUGCAAGCAAUCUGUGAGUUAGAUAGCUUAUGUUUUAAUGGGAUGAUAACAGAUCUCAGAUAACAUAAUAUACAAAUAAUAUUUUCUAAGGAUCUUGAUCAGUACUUUUAUUGA